CUGACCUCCCUCUUUGGCGCGAGGGGCGGGAAGGAAAGGGGCGACCGAGGCGUGCGUCGGUUACGGCCGUCUCCGCCCCCCUACAAACAGCCAAUCGCGAGCAAGGUGCCGGGCGCGCGCACGCUCCCUCGAGUUUAACGGUCGCGAGAGGCCGCUCGCCCGACCCUGACAUCGGCUGUGGGAGCAGGGGCCAGACUCUCUUGGGAGCUUAGGAUAUUUCACAAUUCUGAAUGUUAGCAACUGAAAAUGCCUGUAGACGAUGAAGCAUCUGAAGAUGACUCGGAUUCAGUUUCUUCAAACACUGAAAGAACCUACAUUUUCAAAUAAGAGAGUAUAACGAUUUCUGUACAAUAUGGAAGAUUUUGAUUUGGUGAAACCCUUACGAAAACCUUCAUCUUCUCUAGAAUCUGAUAUAAAAAGUUCUCCCCAGUCUUUUGGACUGAACUUAAAUACUAAUAGAAGUAGUCCCCACCUUAGUACAAAUGGGGUAUCCUCUUUCUCAGGGAAGACCAGACCAUCCGUAAUUCAAGGUACAGUUGAAGUCCUAACCUCUUUAAUGCAAGAGCUACAAAACAGUGGAAGGACUGAUUCGGAACUUUGGAAAAACUGUGAGACCAGGUGGUUACAGCUAUUCAGUCUGGUGGAAAAACAAUGCCAACAACAGAUAGUCGCCCAGCAGGAGCAGUUCCACAACCAAAUUCAACGAAUACAGGAAGAGAUAAAAAACUUAGUCAAGUUACAGACCAGUAAUUCUUCCUGGGCUUCCUCCGAUAGUUCUUUAAGCAAACAGUUAUCUUCAGAAAGUCAAAUGGGUUUUUAUUCUGAAAACAGUGAGAGAAAUGAACCUAUUAUCAGUUAUCCUAAGUCUACAGAACCCGAAAUGCAGCAAGGAACAGCCACGUCCCAACCAGAGGGCAGCAUGGACAGUAGCUCAGUGAGCAGUGGGUAUGGCACCUUUUGUGUCUCCGAAUUAAAUGCCUACAAAUCUAAGGACCCGCCCGAGAUCAUGGAGCACGCAGAGGUUUCUGAAGGACAGUUUGGAGUGCCUUUGGGGCAGACGGAGUCACCUGUAGAUGGUGUAAAAAACAAGAGUUUUCAUAUACACACCACUGAAGUGUUGGGUGCAUCUUUAAAGGAAGAUAUUUCUAUUUUUCCUGGUGAGUUUGAACACCACUUUCUUGGCGAAAAUAAGAUUUCAGAAGUAUACAGUGGGAAAACAAAUAGUAAAUCGAUAACAUCAUGGGCACAAAAGCUGAAGCAGAACCAACCAAAGAGAGCACUUACAGAAGAGGGGUGUUCAAAACCUAUGCAAGGAAAUGAGCUGGCCAAGAAAUCACCAGUGGAGAAGUCUCAUUUCACUGCUGCUAAGCAUCCUCAUGCUUUUUACCUCAACAAACCAGAUGAGAGUCCAAAUUCUUGGAUGUCUGAUUCAGGAACAGGACUGACUUACUGGAAGCUGGAGGAGAAGGACAUGUAUCGCUCUUUGCCUGAAACUUUAGAGAAGACGUUUGCACCAGCCUCCUGCACAGAUAUGUCCCCCAGCCAGUCUAAUACUAGUAAUGAGAUGAAGCUACCAUCACUGAAGGAUAUUUAUCAUAAAAAACAAAGGGAAAACAAGCAGUUACCUGAGAGGAAUCUCACUUCUCCUUCCAACCCAAAUCAUCCACCAGAGGUACUAACUCUAGAUCCGACGUUACACAUGAAGCCAAAUCAGAUUUCAGGGAUUCAACCACAGGCCUUUUUGAAUGCCCUUGAUGACAGAAUAUCCUUUUCACCAGACUCUGUUCUAGAACCUACUAUGUCUAGUCACUCUGACAUAGACUCAUUUUCACAAGCAAGUAAUAUCGCUUCUCAGUUAUCUGGAUUCCCAAAAUAUCCCUCAAAUACAAAAACUUCACCAGUGGACUCUUGGAAAAAUCAUGGAUUCCAGAAUGAAAGUAGGACCAGUUCCACGUUUCCUUCAGUUUAUACUGUUAAUAGUAAUGACAUCUCGGUCAACACUGUAGAUGAAGAAAACACUGUCAUGGGAACCUCAGCCUCAGUCAGUCAGUCCCAGCUUCCAGGGACAGUCAGCAGUGUCCCAGAAUGCAUUUCCUUGGCUUCCCUGGAAGAUCCUGUGAUACUCUCCAAAAUUAGGCAGAACCUCAAGGAAAAGCAUGCUCGACACAUAGCGGAUCUUCGAGCUUAUUAUGAAUCAGAAAUAAAUAGUUUGAAACAGAAACUGGAGGCAAAGGAAAUUUCUGCAGUUGAAGAUUGGAAGAAAACCAAUCAAAUUCUUGUAGACAGAUGUGGCCAUUUAGAUAAUGCUCUGAAUGAAGCUACCAGUCGUGUGAGAACACUCGAAAAUAAGAAUAACUUACUGGAAAUAGAAGUUAGUGAUUUUAGAGAACGUUUCAAUGCAGCCAGCAAUGCUUCCAAAAUUUUGCAGGAACGGAUUGAGGAAAUGCGAACAAGUAAUAAAGAAAAAGACAAUACCAUCGUUCGGCUAAAAUCUCGUCUGCAGGAUUUAGAAGAAGCAUUUGAGAAUGCUUACAAACUCUCAGAUGAUAAAGAAGCGAGACUAAAACAAGAAAACAAAAUGUUUCAAGAUCUCUUAGGAGAGUAUGAGUCCCUGGGAAAAGAGCACGAACGAGUAAAGGAUACAUUAAAUACAACUGAGAACAAAUUGCUGGAUGCACACACUCAGAUUUCUGAUUUGAAAAGAACAAUUUCAAAACUUGAAGCUCAGGUCAAGCAAGUAGAGCAUGAAAAUAUGUUAAGUCUUCGCCAUAAUUCGAAAACUCCCAUGAGAGCCUCACGUGCCAACACACUGGCCACCUCCGACGUCAGCAGGCGCAAGUGGCUGAUCCCAGGGGCGGAGUACUCCAUCUUUACCGGCCAGCCUUUGGACGCCCCGGAUAACAGAAUGGAUGACCAGCUGGUGGAAACCUGUGCUCCUGGGUACCAUUCUCCUCCGGAAAAGGAUUCUUCAUCUGGAAGUUCACCAAGAAGCUUAUCGAUAACAAAACAAAGAGAGACUUCAGAUACACCAGUCAUGAAAGCUUUAAAAGAACUUGAUGAAGGAAAAAUAUUUAAAAAUUGGGGCACACAGACAGAGAAAGAGGACACCUCAAAUAAAUUAGCAAAUCCUCGGCAAACGGAAACGUCAGUCAGUGCGGGUCGGUCCCCAGAGAAAUGUGCCCAACAGAGGCAGAAGAGAUUUAACUCAGCUUCACAGAGAUCGUCGUCUUUACCACCUUCAACUCGUAAAUCAAGUACCCCAACAAAAAGAGAGAUUAUGUUAACGCCAGUGACUGUGGCUUAUAGUCCAAAGCGAUCCCCAAAAGAAAAUCUCUCUCCAGGAUUUAGUCAUCUACUGAGCAAAAAUGAAAGCAGUCCAACUCGAUUUGAUAUACUUUUGGAUGAUUUAGAUACUGUUCCUGUGUCUGCUUUACAACGUACCAAUCCAAGAAAACAACUCCAGUUUCUUCCUCUAGAUGACUUGGAAGAAAAAAAAUACUCAGAAACAGCCACCGACAUCCAUGCUAAUCAUAGCCCUUCUCCCGAACUGUUGCCAAAUGGAGUGAAGAAAGUGUCUGUGAGAUCAGCCUGGGAGAAGAAUAAAUCAGUUAGCUAUGAACAGUGUAAGCCUGCGUCAGUAGCACCACAUGGUAAUGAUUUUGAGUAUACAGCAAAAAUUAGGACCCUAGCUGAAACGGAACGGUUUUUUGAUGAACUUACAAAAGAAAAAGACCAGAUUGAGGCGGCGCUAAGUCGAAUGCCUUCUACUGGAGGACGAAUCACUUUGCAGACAAGAUUAAACCAGGAAGCCUUGGAAGAUCGUUUGGAAAGGAUUAAUCGAGAACUGGGCUCAGUUCGAAUGACAUUAAAGAAAUUUCAUGUGUUGCGCACCUCUGCAAAUCUUUAAGAUCUGUAGCCAUUAAAUUUUGAGACGUUUUUGUUUGCACUAAUGUAUAAUUAUGCACUCAGAAAAGGCAAACUAUUUUGUACUGUUUAUAAGCCUUCAAAUAGUAGUUUUACAAUCAUGCUAUUCUUUACACUUGCUGUUUUAUACUUCAAAUGGCCACAUAUUUUCAAGAUAUUUUUGUUAUGCUCAGGAAUCUCUUGUAUAUUUUACUAUUUAAAAAGUAUUAUUUUUAAAUAGUAUAAGCCUCCAGUUUAUAUGAAUAGUAAGGAAAUGUAAACAGGGGAGGCAGCUUGUUUCUAAACAAAUAGUGUUAUCCUUUUACAAUUAACUUUGCACACUAAUUUUAUAUACUUGUUCUACAUUGUGAAUAUGAUUCUUUUUUUAAAAAAUAAAUGCUUAAGAAUAGCUUCCGUAAUAGACCAAUACAUGCUGAAU